CAACUGAUGUGCUACGUUUGACAGCAACAAUGACAGGACUUGAAAGAAUACUUCCUGCCUUCGAUAUAAAUGGGCAUUCUGUGAAAAUUCAGUUUCCUAUUGAGCUCACCCGUAUUUCACACAUAAAUUCUAUGGUUGUUGGUCAUGUAGCUAAAGUCAUCUGGGAAGUGAAAAAUACAACUAAUGUGGAUUUCGGUGUUGAAGCUAAUAAUAAACGUAUUAUUCGAGUCAGGCUGUGUAAAGUUGGCGGUGAAGUCUCACCUUCUGCCCUAAAAUUUGGGUUGAAAUCUAAUCAGAAAGGUGUUAAAAUCAUUCCACCAGUUCAAACUAUGGAAAAUGAAUAUAUUUUUGAUAUUCCUUUGUUGAGAGCUGGUAGAACUUUAAGGUUAGAAGCUGUUUUAACAUUAACUGAAGCAGAGGCCUUUGAAUACGCAGAUUUUUGGCUUUAUUUAGAACUUGGAAAG